AUCUGUGAGUAAUAUAUGUAUACUGUUCAAUGGCUCUCACUUGGAGUGCAUCGAGGCCAAGGUGACAUGGGUAUGGUUCUUCCGAAAUACAACACAUCUAUUCUUCUUCCUCAUCGGCUGGGGGUGACAUCUCUGAAGAUGGUCUCUAGCCGUCUGAUCUUGACUAUGAACUUCAGUGCGGACUCAUGUACUUUGGCUGGUUGAGGAGGUAUUUGAGGUCGUGUGCGCGUGUUCCUAUCUCGUUAUUACUCGUCCUCUUUGUCUGCUUUCUUACUGUUUCUUUUAGUUUGAGCCGAGAUGGCACUUUCACACUUCAUAGGUUCGGGAGGAAUCGCCUGGUUUCCUUGGGAUUAGGCGCGAUUUCCCCCACACAAACACAUCUCUGCACGUUGAUUCAUGUCAAUGCUGACAAGAAAUGCGAUUCGUCAGAGCUUGAUCUUUCAGGUGAAAAUGGCGGGUUAGCAGCUUUUGUGGUACACGAUCCUGAAGGCCUCCAGGGCUUGAGAAACGUUAAAUGGUUAACAACCUGAUCCUGGUCAAAAUGUGCAUAGGAGAAAGGUAAAGGACCCAGGAUAGUUGUAAUCGCAUGCAUAUACAUGGCGUGGCAUAACAAGAGUCAAGUGUGAUACCUAGAGAUAUACAAGUUACCGCCCAGCGCCAGGGACGUUGCGCCUUUCCCGCCGGGGACGCUCUGGUUGCUGGAUGACAGUCUGUACGAUAGUUACAGGGAUAGAGUCGAAGUUGAGUGCCUUGAGAAGUUCCUGGGCAAAUUUCAGAUAUCAGCAUAAAAUUCUCUCCAAGAAACGAAAGCGGAGAUAGCUUCAGGGGAAAUCGUAAUACUUACAGAUGUGUCCUUGUCAAUCUCC